AUGGCUUGGCCGUCGACCGCGGCGGCCGCGGGUGAACGUGAGGGCGCCGGGCGUGAGGGCGUUCAAGCAGCUGCUGCAGCGCAUGCAGCAGGCCGUGCUGAGAGACAGCGGGGUGGCCGCGGGGAAGAUGCUCUACAGGUAAGGGAAAGAUGGUGCGUAGGCCACCCGUCGGCAUGUCGACUCCCCUUCUCCUGCCUCUGGCUCCAUUAUCACAAGCACCAUCUCCCCCCCAUCCGCCGCGGCCAGUUACAAGCCGCCUUCUCGGCGACCCUCACCCCCCUCGUCGUUUCCAUCCGUCGUCCCCCCCUGUACGCCCGCCAACCCUUCCCACUCGCACGUGUCGACAACGUCUCCGCGACGCUCACGCCAGCGCAGCGCAUGAGGCGUCACCCGUCCGUGGCGUCCGUGACGCAGGCACGCCGCGUGCUGCGCGCCGCCACCACCGACUCAUACAAGUUCCUCAUCUCCCCAUCACGCUCCCAUCCCACCUUCCCCACUUUCCCCUCUCCCCACUUUCCCCUCUCCGCCCUUCUCAGCUACAAGCACGCGUCCAACGGCUUCUCCGCGACGCUCACGCCAGCGCAGGUGCAGCGCAUGAGGCGCCACCCAUCUGUGGCGUCCGUGACGCAGGCGCGCGUGGUGCGCCCCGCCACCACCCACUCGUACAAGUUCCUCGGCCUGCCCGGGUCUCUCUGGGCCGACGCGGGCGGACCCAGCAGCGCGGGCGACGGCACGGUGAUUGGCAUCGUGGACACCGGCAUAUGGCCCGAGCACGCUUCCUUUGACGACAUGGUAGGUACGCGCCUCGCUUUGCCAUCACCAUCCGCGCUUCUCCCUUCUCGUUCCCUCCACCUGUCGCCCCUUAAUACAGGCUACAGCAGCACGCUCCCUGCUGGAUGGUCAGGCACGUGUCCCACGACAAGCGACUUCACAUGCAACAACAAGAUCAUCGGGGGGGGCGUGUUUCACGCGGGGUUUGAGAGCGGCGGCACCACCAUCGACCUCUCGGCCGACUGGGACUCGCCGCGUGAUUCGUUCGGGCACGGCACCUGGUGUGCGGGGGCAGCAGCAGGCAACAGCAACGUGCAGAUUUCCAACAUCGGCGCGGCCAGUGGCAUGGCACCAGGGGCACGCCUGGCCGUCUACAAGGUCUUCUGGCAGGCAGGGGGUAACCUGUACGCCACCAGCACCGACAUCUUCUCAGCCGUUGAUCAGGCCGUCGCCGACGGUGUGGAUGUGCUGAGCCUGUCGCUGGGCGGAGCCAGUUCAACGGAUACUUAUUUUGACGACGUGCCGUUUAUCAGUGUCAAUGCGGCGGGGGUGUUUGUGGCCUUUGCAGCGGGCAAUGAGGGCCGCCCAUCCUCUGCUGCAGCCUCGGGCUACCGCACGCUCUGCAACUUCGCACCCUUCUACAUGACUGUGGGCGCCAGCUCCAUCUCUCGCAACGGUGCAUCCAUCUCCUCCACAACAGCAGCAGCAGCAACCGCAGCACCCCUUGAAACCCCUUUCAACACCACAGCCAGCACGGUGUCAACCCUCAACGGGGUGCGCAUCCCAGCCAGCAUCUCCCCAGCAGCCACCGCCGCCCCGGUAGUCGCCUACUUCUCCUCCACCGGUCCGCUCGCCAAGCCCUCAGCCGCCACACCAGCAGCCUACCCCUCCAACACCAUCCUCAAACCCGACAUCAUCGCCCCGGGGGUUGAGCUCUGGGCUGCUGCUCCCGACAAGACCGUUGGCUCCGGGGGAUGGUUUGUAGCGCUCUCAGGGACGUCAAUGGCCACACCACACAUCGCUGGCAUUGCUGCUCUCAUCAUCCAGCAGCGCCCUGAUUGGACGCCCUUGCAGAUCAUGUCGGCAAUGAUGACUACAGCACGCACCACUGAUAUUAGUGACGGGGCGAUCCAAAACGAGUUUGGGAGAGCUGCGACUCCGUGGGAGAUUGGAGCAGGGCAUGUGGUGCCUGCUAGGGUGGUUAACCCUGGGUUAACCUAUAAUGCCGGGGAGCAAGACUUCCAAAACUUUCUCGCCGGGCAGAACUACAACCGGGCGAAGGUGCACACCAAGUAUGCCGAGAUGUGCAUACCAGGUGGUGCCGUUGAUCAGCAGCAACCAGUCGCACGAUACCGCUGCAACACGACGUGUGACGACCGGCUGCAUCCUUUCUGCCUACUCCCCCUGCUUAUUGGCAACCUUGGUGAGUAG